AUGGCGACAGUUGAUGAUACGAUAGCGGACCUUGAGCGCCAACGUCUUCAACUGGAAGAAAAUGUCCGCAAAUUACAGCAGUCACUCUACCACUGGCGACUCUGGGAGGCGGAAUACGACGGACUGAAAGAAGAGAUCGCGUCCCUCAAAGAUGGCAGCACGAAGGACGAUAUUUUGCGGAAGGGCCGCGAAUUCGCCGGCACCGUGGUCGAUGAGAAAGAGGUCAAAGACCUCAUCGGAGAAGGACAGGGCCUUACACGAUCUCGGGACCAGGUUGUUCAGCGCAUAUCGCGAAGGUUAGACUACGUGAAGCAGAAUGUUAGGUCGAUGGAAAAACAGCUAGAAGCGGCAGAAACCAAACUGGACUCGUUUCUGUCAGUUGAACAUCCAGGUCCUAUCACCAAGGAUGCAGAAUUUCCGGUGACGGAAAUAGUUGAAGAACUGGAUGAGGAAGGCAACGUGAUAUCGGGCAAGACGACUACCCCUGGAGAACGUGCACCUGAGCUUCUCGAAGUGUUAAAGAAGGUUGGAAUAAAUGAUAUACCGAACAAGAUUUCGGACAAGAUUUCGAAAAUAGGGGCACAAGCGAAUAAGUCUGAGGGAAAGGCUCUAGAAGAGAAGACUCUAGAAAAGAAGGCCCUAGAAGAAAAGGCUCCAAACGAAGAGUCCUCAGACGAAGAGGUCCUAGACGAGAAGGCCGCAGAGGAGAAGGCCGCAGAGGACAAGGCUGCAGAAGAAAAGGCUAGCAGAAGAAAAGGCUGCAGAAGAAAAGGCUGCAGAA